AAGUGCAACUUUGAACCACAUGAAAUCACGAGCCAAAAGGGCAUAUAAGCCGCUUCCUCCCCUCGAGUCUCCUCAACUUGUUCCUAACCAAUUUGUUCACCGAAGACUCUUUGUGCCCAAGUUCCGCAGUCUGCCUCGCCUCUCUCGGCUAUGACAAUCCACACCGAGAUGACGGAUUUCCAUUGGCCCACGUGCGAACCUGACUUUGGAUUUCAAAAUGCCCUUGAAGGGCUGCAGGACACCAUAUGUCCCUCUCUCUAUUCGGACACUUGGGCACCCCCAUUCAUGCUGGAGGCUGACGCCCUAGUCAGGUCUCCCUCCUCGCUUUCCGAGGACUACUUGUUCUUAAAACACACUCUUUUGGAACUCCAAGCUGAGAGCCCGCCAGGAAGUCGGGCGCAGCAUGACGACGACGAUACUUCGACCCAGAGAUCCCGGAGCGAUACUUCCAUUAGCCUCAAUGACUGGGCGAGUCCAGCUCAUCCUGCAGUGCAGCCACUGGAUCACAAGCUGCAGUGCACUUAUCAUGAUUGCACUGCCAAGCCGUUCAAGACAUUGUGCGAUUUCAAAAGCCACAUGAGAGGCCAUGCCGCGGAUGUCCUGGAACAAUGGGAAGAGGAGAAGCCUUGCCGCUGUCCCUGGUCGGGCAACUGCAAGUCCAAGGCUGUCUUCAAGUCUCGGAGGAUCCUGCAAACCCACCUGGAAAAUGUACACAUCACUCCACUCACCUGCACCGCGAGCGGAUGCUCGUAUCGAAAGCCAUUCAGAAGCAACUACGACCUCAAACGGCACAUGUUGACUGCCCACUCGGGCGACAGCAACUGCCAAUUUCUUCGUUGCCCGUAUCCCAAGUGUGAUCGAGGCCCAAGGACAUUCGUUAGGAAAGAUAAAUGGUUGAUCCACAUUCGUACCAGCCAUGACGGAACAGAAUGCCCCAUCAAUCACUGCAAGGCUGGGAAAAGAGACGGGCUUCUCACCCAUGAUGAUUUGGUGAAACACAUCCGGCAUGAACACGGGAAAUUUGAAUGCGCCAUUGGCGCCUGUGACUCGCAGCUUCCAUCUCGGUUCAUUGAAUCCGAGCUGCUUAAGCACUUAGAGGUAAGUAAGAGCGUUCUUGAUUUCUGCCCUCUGGUGAUGUCACAUUUUGGUCCUAGACAGUGUAACAUACUAACAACCUGUUUCUCUAAGCUCCAUCAUGGACUUCCAUAUGGAGCGAUCAAUACGGCCAGAAGUGCUGUGAAAAUAUCCAGUGACAAGACAGUCAAGCCAACAGAUGUCUCAUCAUGUUGGCAAGAAUGCGAGCAGUGUAAAGAGGGAAAUUUUGAAGAGAAAUCUGAGAUUGAGACGAAACCGGGUACUCCCGACGAAUUUCGCAACCAUACGUUGAGCUUUCGCAGCUCCUGAGUGUGAGCGAGUUGAAACAUCACUCGCCUGAUACGUUUUAAGUAUCGUUGCAUGAAUUCCUAUGUAAUGACUUU